GGCGAUCCUGUUCAUAUACCACCAGCCACCGCACCGAUCAUUCAUCGAAGGAACGACAAAGUGGAAAGGUAGUGUCGUGAUCAUGGCGAAGCGUUGCCCUUUCGGAACUCGCUGCGGACUCGUGUGUGGUGCGUUAGUGUUGCUGGCAAGCGUCGCGUUGACAAGGAGCGAUGAAAAUGAGCCCUGCAUUAAAAACUCCAAGCCGGGUGUAUGCGUGUACAAGUACAGGUGCAGGGACGGAUUCAUCGUCAACUACGGUGAGGGAAUUAUCGACGUGCGGUUCAGCGAUGUUUGUGGCAAUUCACUGAUGGAAUGUUGCCAAGAGCCGGACAGUACCACGGUGGAACCAUCGACGAACGGGACGAGUACGGAUGGAGGGGCGAGCACGACGAAAGCACCACCACCAGACCCUUUUCUGCCACCGUACCGUCAGCAACCGUGCGGUCAGCGUAAUCCGAAUGGAGUGAUUUUCCAGAUCGAAAACAAUGUGUUCAGCGAAUCGGAGUACGGUGAGUUCCCGUGGGUGGUGGCGAUCUUCCGGGUAACGAACGACGGAACCAAACCACAGUUUCUGUGCAGUGGAACACUGAUCGAAGUCGCGGCGGUGCUAACGACGGCCAGUUGCUUUCAAAAGUAUCGCGGAACCGGUGCCAAGUAUAUGGUGCGGAUGGGCGAGUGGGAUCUGAGCAACGACCGUGAACCGAUUCCGGCGGUGGAGCGAGAAGUGGAAACGUUACACCUUCAUCCGCGCUACAGUACCUUGAGCAAGGUGAACGACAUUGCCAUCGCCAUCCUAAGCGACAGUGUCCAGCUGUCGCACACGAUCGGGUUGGCGUGCUUGGCGGAUAGUCGGGUCCGCCACAAUGACAUCGUUGGGGUGGGUUGGGGCAAUGCGCCCAACUUUGUGCAGCCCCAGAAGCUUCCGCAGACUAUCUUGAAGAAAUCCCAUCUGUUGGUCAUCGACACCCCGCAAUGUCAGCGGAUAAUGCGCAAGCUCAUCACGCCGAGAUACUCGCUGUCCGAUAGCUUCAUCUGUGCGCAGGGCGGUGCACCGAACGAGGAGAUGCUACCGUGCAAAGGGGACUCCGGUUCGCCGUACAUGGUCAACAUUCCGAGUGAACAGGAGCGGUACUACGUGGUGGGACUCAGCUCGUGGGGUUUCGAUUGUAAUGUGCAGGACGUUCCGACCGUACUGACGAACGUCGGGCAUCAUCGCGAGUGGAUUGACGAAGUGAUCAGCAACGAGGGCCUUAGUCCGUUUAGCUACACUUAUUAUCAGGAGGACGACGACCAAGACUAGACUUGGCUUGCUGCUGGUACUUUCGUGGACGUUCGGAGAGUAAUAAAGAUAAGUCCUUGGUCCUUACUGAUCAAUUUCAUUGUGUGAAAAGACA